AUGAUGGAUGAACCAAAUGAAGUAAAUAUGGACACUGGAAUAGAGAGUGGAACUGCUUUAAAUGAAGCCAUUGAAUCCUUAAAACACCAGUUAGAGAAAAAUCCUUUCGAUUACAAUGCACACACUCGUCUCAUAGAAUGUCUAAGGAAGACUAAUGACUCUGAGCGAGUCAAAUAUGCAAGGGAACGUAUGCACGAUAUCUACCCACUUACCCCAGCCAUUUGGCUUCAAUGGAUCGAGGACGAGCUUCGCAAUGCUUCCACAUCCGAAGAAAAACGACAAGUCGAAGUUCUUUUCAAACGUGCUGUUGAUGAUUAUGAAGACGUAAAUGUCUGGCUUGAAUAUUGUCACUUCGCCAUUUCUACCCUGGAUUUCAAUUCUAUGAAGAGCAUGCAAGAAGCAGAGGCUAUCUUUGAAUCUGCUUUGUCGCAUCAGGGACUUAAUGUUGCUGGGGGAUCAAUACUAUGGGAGAUCUACCGUGAAUAUCUUACAAUAGUAUGGUCCCAAUUAUCGCAAAAAGAUCAGGAACUAAAAUCAGAACAGGUGAGAAAAAUGGAUCGUUUGUUUCGCCGUCAGCUCAGUAUACCUUUAUUAAAUAUGGAACAAACCUUAAUUGAAUAUCAAACUUUCCUAUCUGAUAUCGGUGUGGAUCUCUACCAACCAAGAGAAAAUUCAGAUUCUUUCCUACCAGAAGAGGUUAAAACAGAUUAUGAAAAAGCUUUGGAUCAUUUGAGUGUUCUGUUACCUUUUGAAGAAGCUAUAGAGGAAGCAAAUGAUAAGUCAGAAUCUGAAGCUAUUUCCAGUUGGAAUAUAUAUCUUGAUUGGGCAGUUCAUUGUGCAAAACGUAAAAAGCCUAAAACAUCUACAAAAAAUGGUGAUGUUAAUAAUGAGAGCAGUUCCACAACUUUCGUUAUGUCACCAAACGAAUUGUGCUGUCUUUUUGAACGUGCUAUUACCGCACAUUGUUUGGAUACAACUUUGUGGAUACGGUAUGCAGAUUAUGUGGAAUCACAAAUUGAAAAUGAUAUUCAGCGUUUACAAAAACUAUUAGCUCGUUCAGUACGUAAUUGCCCUUGGUGUGUUGAAUUAUGGCAACGAUAUGCAUUGAUAACUGAAGCUGUAAUUCUUGAAGGUAUACCAUUAAAAUCGAAUACCAAUGGAGCAGAACAAGAAUCUGUUUCACGUGAAUCUGAUCUGUUCAAAGAAGUUGAUGGAAUAUAUGAAACAGCUUUGGUAGCAGGUUUCACAAAUCCAGGCGAUGUGUUAAAAAUUUGGCGUAGUUACUGUGAUCAUCAUCUACGCAGACUCUGUUCAUUAGAGAAGACUUCUUUAUCUAGAGAAUAUCGACUGUCAUUACUUCGUGCUACAUUCGGUCGAGCUAUUGAAUAUUGUUUUGAAUUACUCCGUGCUCAACCGAAUACUGAUUGGUCACUGCUCAAUUAUUAUGCAUUUGUUGAGGCAAAACAUGCUGAGAAUAAAGAACGCGCUCGUUCUCUGUGGACAAGCUUAAUGAAGUUGCCUGGACAUGGAACAAGAGCUGAAUUCUGGAUAGCUUAUAUUCAAUUUGAACAAAAUUGGGGUGACAUAAAAAACUUACUCCGUGUUUGUGGCAUGGCUAUCAAUUCAAUUACCUCAGAUCAUUCAGAAUUAUUAUUUCAAGUUGUUCUAUGUGCUAUUGGUGAAAUUGGAGUACCUGUUAAGCAGUAUAGAGAUAUUGUCGUAAAAAUAAACACACGUCGAGGUUUACUAACGGAUUCAACUAAAGAUAACCAGUCGAAGAAAUCAAAUGUUGAGGUUGCGAAAUCAACAACAGAUCAUAACUUGCCUAAUGCCAAGAAAAGAAAACUACCCCAGCAACAGAGUGAUUCUAGUCAGUCAACAGCUGCAAAAGUACCUAAAACUGAGCCAACAUCUCAUGGAACGUUUGUUCCUCAUGAUCCGUCUAAAAAUGACCUAACGGUAUUUGUCAGUAAUCUUGAUUAUUCAACCAGUGAAGAUCAAUUACGAAAAACAUUUGAGAAGUGUGGAGAAUUAACAUCUGUUAGACUUGUUCGUGAUUACGCUGGCCGAUCCAAAGGAUAUGCAUAUGUAGAAUUUAAAAAUAAAGAAUCUGUGAAACCUGCACUUGAAUUGGAUAGACAAUGUGUUGUGACUGAUGAAAUCUCAGAAAAUGAAGUUGAAAACGUUGACAGUUCAAAACAAGAAGAGGAUCAGUUGACAACAGCUUCAAAAUCGUCUACUUACUUUCGACGUCCAAUGUUUGUGUCUAUUUGUGAUCCAAGCAAAGUUAAAUCUGUUGGAUUUAAAUAUACAGUUGGUAAAAAAGAACCUGAAAAAUUAUUUGUACGUAAUUUGGAUAAAAAUGUAAAAAGUGAAGAUUUAGAAAAACUAUUUAAACAGUAUGGAGAAGUUGUGAGUAUUCGUCUGGCAACAUAUCGUAAUGGUGUUCCUAAAGGUCAUGCUUAUAUUGAAUUUUCAAAUGCAAAUGAUGCUAGUAAGGCGUUGGUUGCUACAGAUGGUCUAAAAUUUGGAAGCAAGCUGAUAUCAGUAGCUAUCAGUGAACCACCUGUUCGUGGAAAUGUAUCCCAAAGUUUUCACCCGUCGUCAACAGAAGGCAGUGAAACCUUUAAAACUCCUCACAUGAUUAGUUCAAAUAGGUCUGAUACUGUUGGAGCUUCUAUGCGGAAACCCCGAACUCAAUUAGAGUUUUUACCACGUGCUAUACAUCGAACGCGUGAAGGCCAGGAUUUAAAGCUGGAUAAUGCCGCAUCGGGAUCGAAUGAAGCUGCCACAUUUGAACCCAAAUCAUCCACUCCUGUUUGCAGUAAAGACAAUGAAUACUUCCGAAAACUUUUUAUGAAGUAG